AUGGCGGCUGCAGCUGGGAGAGUUGAUGAACUGGUGAAGGAUUAUUUAUUAUUCAGAGGAUGUACAGCAUCUCUUAGAAAUUUUGAGUACGAACUAAAGACUGAUAAAGAUAAAGGUUUACGAGCUGACAAGAUUUUAGAGCAGUUUCAGCAGUAUAUAGGGAGCUACAACCUUCACAGUCUCAGGGAUUUCUGGGCUCACCUCAACAGUCGGCUCUUCUGUCGCUUAGAACAACGAUAUAUUCAAAGCGUACGGAAGUUAGAAGUAGGUCUUUUGAAGCUUUAUGUUGUUAAUGCAGCGCAUAACAACAGAGCUGAUAAAGUGACUGAUUUUUUCGAGAAGAUGACCAACGAUUUGCAUCAGGUUCCGGAAUUUAAGGAAUGGUUUUGUUUCCCAUUUAUUAAGAGCCCGGAAGAGAACAGUCAUUUUUCAAUGUAUUUUACAAAACAAUGGCAAGAUAUGUUUUAUUUAUCACUUUUCAACUUCCUUAGUGUGAUUAUAAAUGUAAUGCCUGCACCUAUUCUAUUGAACUUUGAUAUUGAACACAAAAGAAUGAAAAACUUGCAGGAAGAAAAUGAUAUGUUGAAAACACAGUUACUCUCUGCAGACAAAGCACCAGUUCUAAAAACACCUAAUAUAAGAGAGAAGGAGUCUAUUAGGAGGGGUGCAAAUUCUGUAGAAUUGCACUAUGACUUCAGUGACCUUGGUGACGAUACUUUGGAGAUACAGAAGCAGCAGAAAUCUGGUCGAAAAUUUCCUUUCUCAGCAUCACCGUUACUCAAUCGAAAGCCAAAUUUUCUCUCAUCAAAUAAUAAGAGUCCAACAAAGUCACAGGGCAAGGCAAAAGCAGGUAAACCACAAUCUGUUAACAUUCAAAAGAAACAUCCGAGUUCAGGGUCACCGUCCAACCAAGGUCAUCCAGAGUUCACAAAUAGGUCACUCAGUAGUGGUGGAGCAGUUCAAAAAGCUGGUCAUCCUGAGACCACCUCAAGAUCAUUUAGCUUACAGGGUAAAUCUACUGCAAUUGAAACUUCAAGGCAAAAAUCAGUGCCAAACCAAGGGAAGCAAUCCAGUGGAACAAGAGUUGAUGAUUUGUAUACUACUGUAACAGCUGAGAAUGUACCUGGACCAAAACAAGAAAAUCCUGUCCAAGACAAGACUAAAAAAAAUCAAGGAGAUUCCUCAGGGGAAGUAACUGUAAACACGAAGUCAAGCUAUGUGAACAGUGAAACUAUAGAAGAUUUAACACCAGUGAAUGAUAACAAUAAUUUUACUGGGAUCACAAGAAAUCAAAGUGUAAUUGAUAAGUCAGACUAUCUACAAGAAGGCCAGGGUCCUUUUCUCCUCCUUAGUCAAGAAGAUUACAAAGAGCACCACUCAGCCAUAUCUUAUGCUCGAUUUAGUAAUAUGGGUCAGUAUGUAGGUAGUGUUGACAUCGAUGGAAUUGUCAAAAUUUGGUCUUGGAGCCCACAACCUACAACAUGUGCCACAGUGAUGUCAAAGUCUGCAUUUCUUUCACUGGAUUGGGCAAGCAAACAGGACCGUUGGUUACUCCUAGGCAAUCGCUCUGGCAAUAUCAGGCUUUUUGACGUCAAAGAGAUGAAAUCAUUUUAUGAAGCAUCAGCAGAUUCCAGUUAUCCUCGUAUAGUGAGUCUGAGUUCUAGUCCCUCAAGUGGAGCAUUUAUUUGUUCUGCCACUGUCAACAGGGCUCGCUCAGGAUCAGGGAGUGACAUCGGACCAUCAUCAUCCAUAGCUCGGGUUGGAAAACUAACUCUUUGGGAGCUGCGCACCAUGAAACAGACCAAGCAUCUUGAGAUACAGCCAGGCCCUGUGGCCAUCAACUGCUGCUCAUUCAACCACAAUGGUCAUCUCCUGUUGACUGGGGGAGUUGAUGGAGCUAUUCGACUUUUUGACAUGCAGCAACACAAAGUGAUCUCGCAGUGGGAGGCCCAUUCUGGGGAGGUGCAGAACCUUCAGUUUAGCUCUGAUGAAACAAGCUGUUACAGCAUAGGCACAGAUGGAAAGCUGAUACAAUGGAGUAUGCAUAAGCCUGGGACCCUGAAUGACCUGCCUAUUCAUAGUGGUGCCUCCCUUCCAUUCUUGUCCGGCAUGUCAGGAGGGCUAAAAGAAAUGCCCCGGGGUCAGAUCUUUUCUUUGGAUGCUGAGGGAGAGUACAUGUUGACCUGUGAUAAGACCAAAGGAAGCAUGUACCAAGUCAAGGACAAAUCAUUGUCACAUGUCAUGGAUAUUCAGGGUCAUGGGUCAUUUCUCACCACGGUUGACUGGUCACCUAAUAUGGACACAAAGGUUUGCUUAACAGGGUCCAUGGAUGGAACCAUCAAAAUAUCAACUCUCUUAUCUACACAUAUGUAAAAUCAUUUUGAAACUAAGACGUAUGUAUUUAUGUAAAAUUUUAGUAUAAUUAAUCAUUCUGAAUCAUUCCUUGUUAUGAUUACUGGGUAAUUUUGUGUCUGUUGAAGAAGAGAAUGUGGAAUAUGGCCGAUGAUAAAAAUAGGAUAUUUUCCUCAGAAAAUAUUUGUUGUUUCAGAUAUGUACCAGAUUAUUAUGUAAAUUCUUUCAUUCAUCUAAUUUAUUUUUUGGGACCACCACACUUUGCAUGUAAUUGUAUAUUACAAACAUCAAAUUUUCCUUUUUUUUUCAUUCUCUUCCAAAGUACUUGCUAUUUUAUUUGAGACUGUAUACUGUUUGAUGAAUAAUGUCAACAUGUUACAGGUGUUGUUUUUGAAAUCAGGUGAACUACAGUAUUACAUACAGACAUUUCUCUGUAUAGUGUAAUAUGCAACCGAAGGUUGCAUAGUGGAAGCAAAUUAUUUUUCACAGAUGAGGCCAACUUUACUCCUACAAGUAAGAGCCUUGGUUAACGUCCCUACGCUCCUUAUAUAUCUCGCGGCGCCAAGUCAAAAGUAUCUCGCCGUGAACCUUUAGCAUGCUGGAGUAAGGCCAACUUUAAAUAAUGUUUGUUUGCCCUCUUUUGACUCGGAAUUUAAAAAAAUGGGUUGGUAGGUGGGUGAGAAUUCUUUUUCCUAAAAAUUUUCAACAGCAAUGAUGAAUUUUCGUAAUCUAUUUUCUGGAAUGCAUAAAAAAAGUUAUUGCUUCUUAGAGGUUAAUAAAAGUUUUGAGUCGGGCCAUUUUUAGGCAGUUGGUCAGGAGAGGGCAAUCAAAAAAAAAAAAAUUAAAAAUGGCCUGAAUGUACAUAUUUUUUCCUGUUGACACAGCUGGGUUCAAAUCCAGGUCUGAUCCAUAGCAUUUUCUCCCUGUUGUACAGGAUUACACAAACAAUUCUUGACAAAAAAAACUUAAAAUAUUGUGUAAUAAAUAUAUCUUAAUAUUGUGCUGAUCAAUAGUUCAUGUGAGCAAGAGGAACUUAGUUAAUGGCCCAGUCAGUUAGUUAUUGUCAGAAUCCUACAAACUUAGUACAGUUGAACUUCCAAACUUGAUAUCUUGAAUACACAGGCACUUGUUUUGUAUAUGGGUUCACCCCUUCUUUUUCUUUCCACAAGGUACCUAACUCAAUUUCAGACACCCCGCUUCAAGCUGUAUUUUAUUGAUAUUUAGGAACUUGGUUAGGGUUGUAGCAGAUGAUAAAACCAAAAGCCCUAGAAUGGAAAACUCGGAAGUCUCUGGUUUUAUCCUACAUUUAUUAUCCCAAGGGAAGUUCCUGUAUAUCCUCUAGAAUCUUAAAAUGUAGUAUUGAGGUAAUUUUUGAGGAAUAAAUGAGUGGUUUAUUAUAAAGAUGCUCUAAGAGGGACAAGGAAAAACAGUCUCUUAAAACAAAAGAUGUCAUGUUAAAAUAGGUAAAUGAUUGAUAUAUUAAGAAAAUACGAGCUUGAAGCGCAGGUGCCUGAAAUUGAGUUAGGUACCUUGUGGAAAGAAAAAGAAGGGGUGACCCCAUAUACGAAACAAGUGCCUGUGCUUGAAUACCAUGGAAAUGUCAAACUGAGUUGGAAGUCCCAGCCACAUUUCAUUUAAGUGUUUAGAAUUCUCAGAUAUCUCAAUUUUUUUUUUCUUGGCCCCACCAAGUUUGAGAUAAUGAGGUUUGAAUGUAUUAUAAACAGUUGGUGGUUGAUGAAGAUCCAAUCCUUUUUAAGUAGAGUUGACCACUAAUACAUGUAGACGGCUUCAAAAUAGUGACACAGGAGGUAUAAUACCUUCAAAUGUGGACCAAUGCAGUUAUAAAAUGUGCAAUAUUAGAGUAUACAGAAUUAGUCAUUUGUUGGGCAAUAAAUGUAGUACCAUAUGUGGUGUUGAUCUGGUAUAAAAUGCUACUGAUCAUAUAUUCUGCCUUUAAAAGUGCAGUUUCAUAGUUAAAAUAGAAAAUUUAUUUUGUUAUGAUUGAAGUUCUAUUUGGAGUGAUUUGUAAAAUGUAUUGUAAUAAGGACUUUGUUAAUGGAUAUUAUAUGUCUUUGCCUCACACAGGGGAUAGAUGCUCUACAGAUAUGCCCCUGUACAUCUGUACUUUUACAAAAAAAUAGACUAAAGAGGUAAAUGGGUAUAUCUGUAGGGUGUCUGACACCUGUGUUGCCACUUACUAUAUAUUACAGGCUGCCCUGUGGCCGUAAAAUUCCUUGAAAAAAUUCAUUAUUUUUUUUUUUUUUUUUUUGGCCAAUAUUCUUUAAGUAGAGCUGAAUUCAAGGGAAAAUCCUAAAAACGCCCUUAAUUAUUUUUCAUGUCAAUUCCUUUACAUAUUUAUUAUAUAUUUAUCACAGGCACCUGAUGUUACUUAUUUUUCUUUUAAUAAAAAAAAAUACCUAAUGAAUUAUUAGUUAAGGGGCAUGUAUUUUUUUUUAUUAAAAGAAAAAUAAGUAAUGUCAGGUGGCUGUAAUAUUUAUAUAUUUCUACUCCAGCAAUUUUGAAAAUGCAUUUAUACAGAAUGUCUUUUAAUGUAGUUUGCAGUUCUUAAUCCAAUUAUGGCAGUAAUUAUUAAAUCAUGUCAAGAUGCCUACUUAAAGUAUUUCUUUGCAAGUUUCUUUAUUGUCAAAUUUGUGAAGGUUAAUUCAUUAAAAUGUCUAAAACUGCCAAAACUGCUAGGGUAAAAAUUGAAAUUUAUUGUACUUACUUAUUUGAAAUGUCAAAAAUUGUGUAUAUCAUUCAUAUCAAUCUAAAACAUCUAAAAAGUUGAAUUUGAACUGACUCAACGCCAAAGUAAUGCACCUGCAGUGUGUGCAUUUAUCAUACAAGCACAAUCAUCUUUAUUGUUUUAUUUAUGAUUUGUUUGUAAAUUAUUUAUUUGGUAAUAAA